UUAUUUUCAUCUUCUAUUUAGGCUUGUGUACUGGUGUGCGAUUGAGUGUCUUCAGAAAAAGUGUUGAGAUACAUGCAACGCGAAGUUUAUUCUGCUGAUGGCAGGAUUGGAGAAGGUGAAGGUGCUUGUCAUCGGAGAUUCUGGAGUAGGAAAGUCUUCCCUGUCGCAUCUCAUUUGUCACGGACAACCGAUCACCAAUCCUUCUUGGACCAUCGGCGCCAGUCUUGACGUGAAAGUCCACGUUUUCCGGGAUGGAACCCCGCUGCAAAAGAAGUAUUUUGUUGAGCUGUGGGACGUCGGCGGUUGUAACGCUCACGCCAAUGCCCGUUCUGUAUUCUACCAUAAUGUGAAUGGUAAUACUUCGUUUGCCAAGAACACUAACGAAAAUUUACGAAAGGUGCUUAUUUUAUUGGUUUUUUUGUCGAUGUUCUGUUUAGGAAUUAUUCUAGUGCACGACCUGACCAACAAGAAAUCUUGUUUUAAUUUGCGAAAUUGGUUGUCGGAGGUUUUGGUACACGUUCAAGGGGACGGAGGCUGUGGCCUGACUUCGCCGUUGUCUUUGACUGCGACUUCCGAUGCGAUGUCUAGUUGGUGGUCCAGAGACGGGUUCGACCCGGAAACAUUUGCCGGAUCGAGUCAGCUGCCAAUGCUGAUAUUUGGCACGAAGCAAGACCUCACUACGGAAACCAGGUAUAGGAAACGGUCACCGAUGGCCGACGAAUGUGGCGCUGAUGAGAUUUUUCUGAACUGCCUGGAUCGAACUUGUAUGCCUUCCGGUUCCAGCGCUGCGGUGAAGCUUUCGAAGUUCUUCGAUAAGGUCAUUGAGCGACGAUAUCACGCUGCCGGGAACUUGAUGGCGGACCGUAGACGCAAUCCUCAUCAUAAUGCGCAAUUCAGGACGUUUAUUGUGGAUCGAUAAUUGUAGAAGAGCAAAAAUAUGUUGAUUGACGUGAAAAAAGUAAGAGAAGCGCGGAUAGAGGAGUUCUGUUAUUGUUCGUGUUAGUUCUUGCCACGUUGGACACGUUCCCUUAGUUUUUGGCGUAAGUUUGGGCCUGCAUUUGGAUUUCAUGACGCAUCGAAUUUUGAUGUAUGCUGUGAUAUGUUCGAUUGUAGAAAAUAUAGAAUAUUUUGUUUGGAUUGUGACUAA